UUCAAUGUAAAUGUCUAACGUAGAAACGUCAACAUAUGACACUAAAUGAAUGAUUCUUUUGUUUUUAAAAAAUACUUUUGUUGUAUCGAAUAUCCUGUUGACCCGAGUGAUUUGUAUGUUGUGAUAUUAAAAUUGAAGUUCUAAUUUACUUAAAACAAUGCAUCGAAGUGACGGUUUGGUGCAACGUAAAAAUGUGAUUCGCGACAGUGAAGGAGUGGCUAAAGAUUCUACGGAUUUUGACGAUAAAAAAAAUGAUAGAGAUGACGCAGAUGAUGGAGACUCGAAGGAGACUCGUUUGACUCUUAUGGAAGAAGUUCUACUUCUAGGAUUAAAAGAUAAAGAGGGUUAUACCUCAUUCUGGAAUGAUUGCAUUUCAAGUGGUCUUAGAGGAUGCAUAUUAAUAGAAUUAGGCCUACGUGGACGUGUGGAAUUGGAAACUGCUGGUAUGAGGAGACGUGGUUUACUUUCAAGAAAAUUAAUACUUAGGAGUGACACCCCAACUGGUGAUGUUUUACUAGAUGAAGCACUGAAACAUUUGAAAGAUACAGAUCCUCCUGAGUCGGUUCAAAGCUGGAUCGAGUACCUCAGUGGUGAAACAUGGAAUCCUUUGAAGCUACGCUAUCAGUUGAAAAAUGUGCGAGAGCGUUUAGCAAAAAACUUGGUUGAGAAGGGAGUACUGACUACGGAAAAGCAAAAUUUCUUGCUAUUUGAUAUGACAACCCACCCAUUAACUGACAAUGUGACAAAAUGCCGACUUGUAAAAAAGAUUCAAGAUGCAGUACUUUCUAAAUGGGUGAAUGAUGCUCAACGUAUGGAUAAGAGGAUGUUGGCUUUAAUCUUUCUAGCUCACGCGUCUGAUGUUCUUGAGAAUGCUUUUGCUCCCUUAAAUGAUGAUGACUAUGAAUUAGCAAUGAAAAGAGUGAGGGAGCUAUUAGAUCUGGAUUUUGAGCAAGAGUCCCUGAAAAACAAUACUUGUGAAGUUUUGUGGGCAGUAUUUGCUGCAUUCACUAAGUAAAAGGUAGAUUAACAUGACCAUUAAGAGAAGGUUACAACAUGUUAGAGAAGUUGUGGUAUGGGCAGAUAUUUUAAAAUAAAAAUAAAUAUAUAAAACCAAUAUUAUUUUAUUGGUAAAGUUAUAUUGAAUGUAAAUUUUGUAUCAUAGUUUCAUAGAAUAAUAAUUACCCCCUAAGAAUAAAAUUCAAGUAAGAACAGAUGAUUGUAAAUGAAGCCAUUGCACAUAAUUUAAUGGUAUUUUGAUCAUUGGCUUUUGCACUAGAUUAAUUUAAAUUGACACUUGGAAACAUAGCUAAUUGAGUUAUUGAUCAAAUUUUUAUUUUAUGUAUAAAAAAUGGUUAUUUAAAAAUAGUUUGCACUUUAGAA